AUGGCCUAUCCUAUGUAUGAAGUUGAUUGGAGUGUAUUACCGCCAGAACAAAAUAGAAGAGUAUUCAGUGUCGAUUGCAUACCGAUUGGAUUACCGCUAGAACAAAAUAGAAGGUUUAACCCGGCUUUUAAUAUAGCCACCAUAAAGCAGGUGGUAAAUGAGGCAAUAGAACGAGUGCGGAUGCCGACUCCGACCCGCCUCAGGGACUUGAUCAGACAGAUCAGAGCUGCAAGGACAGCGGCCGAAGAGAGAAGUGUCGUGAACAAGGAAUGUGCCUACAUUAGAUCUACUUUCAGAGAAGAGGACAGCGUUUGGAGAUGCCGGAACAUAGCGAAACUCCUGUACAUCCACAUGCUCGGUUAUCCAGCUCACUUUGGACAGCUGGAGUGCCUCAAGUUGAUCGCAAGUCCACGCUUCACAGACAAGCGCGUCGGCUACCUCGGCGCCAUGCUGUUGUUAGAUGAACGCCAGGACGUACAUUUACUCAUCACUAACUGUUUGAAAAAUGACCUGAACAGCAACACACAGUUCGUCGUGGGUCUCGCCCUCUGCACUCUGGGUGCCAUUGCUUCCCCCGAAAUGGCACGAGACUUAGCCUCUGAAGUUGAACGCUUAAUAAAAUCCCCCAACGCAUAUAUUAAGAAGAAAGCAGCACUCUGCGCCUUUAGAAUUAUCAGAAGAGUGCCGGAUCUCAUGGAAAUGUUCCUCCCGGCUACGAGGAGUCUGUUGACUGAGAAGAACCAUGGUGUACUGAUAACUGGUGUGACACUCAUCACGGAGAUGUGCGAGAACAGCCCUGAUACUCUCAACCAUUUUAAGAAGAUCGUUCCUAAUUUGGUGAGAAUUCUGAAAAACUUGAUAUUGGCGGGCUAUUCACCGGAACACGAUGUCAGCGGAGUCUCCGAUCCUUUCUUACAGGUUAAAAUCCUUCGUCUACUCCGAAUACUCGGGAAAAAUGACGCCGAAGCCUCAGAAGCGAUGAACGACAUCUUAGCUCAAGUAGCCACAAACACGGAGACUAGUAAAAAUGUUGGCAACACCAUUUUAUACGAAACAGUGUUGUCUAUUAUGGACAUCAAGUCUGAGAGCAGUUUGAGAGUAUUAGCCAUCAAUAUACUUGGAAGAUUUCUAUUGAAUAACGACAAGAACAUAAGAUACGUGGCAUUGAACACUCUGCUGAGGACUGUUCACGUGGAUAAUUCAGCCGUCCAGAGGCAUAGGACCACCAUUUUGGAGUGUUUAAAGGACCCGGACGUAUCGAUCCGGCGGCGCGCCAUGGAGCUGUCGUUCGCGCUGAUCAACGGGCAGAACAUCCGCAGCAUGAUGAAGGAGCUGCUGUCGUUCCUGGAGCGCUCGGACGCGGAGUUCAAGGCGCACUGCUCCAGCGCCAUGGUGCUCGCCGCCGAGAGGUACGCGCCCAACAACAAGUGGCACCUGGACACGCUCUUCAGGGUCUUACUCAAGGCGGGCAACUACUUGCGCGACGACACGGUGUCGAGCACGCUGCAGAUCGUGUCGGGCGCGGCGGCGGAGCGCCAGGCCUACGCCGCCAUGCGCCUGUGGACCUCGCUCGAGCGCUCCGCCGUGUCCGGGGACGCCACCGAGAAGCAGCCGCUGGUGCAGGUGGCGACGUGGACUAUCGGUGAAUACGGCGACCUGUUAGUGUCGGAAGCCAGUAACGCUAUCUCUAUGGUCGACGAAGAUGGUGUCGAUGAUUUCGUGCGUCCAACUGAAGAGUAUGUGAUCGACGUCUACCAAAAGUUGUUGUGGUGUACACAGCUAUCGAUCACAACUAAGGAGUACCUACUGCUGUCGCUGGCGAAACUGUCCACGCGAUUCACUACACAACCUAGCCAGGAGAAAAUUCGAGUGAUCAUCGACACGUUCGGGUCUCACAUUCAUAUUGAGUUACAACAAAGAGGCGUGGAGCUGUCGCAACUGUAUAGGAACUACGCGCACCUGCGCGGCGCGCUGCUGGAGCGCAUGCCGCCCAUGGACCCCGCGCCCGGCGCCGGCGCCGCGCUGCUGCGCGACGACAGCGACCUCGAGCCCGACGCGCCCAGCCCCGACCACAAGCCCGACCAGGACGCGCUAUUAGAUUUGAUCAUCGGGUCGGACUCACUAACGAACGGCGACGUAGAACACAAACCUUCGCAGCCACCGCCCAGUAACAGCAGUAACGACAUCUUGGAUCUCCUGAGCGGCCUCGAGCUGACGCCGAGUGCGCCCGCGCCGGUCGCGCUCAACAACAACAAGGACGUGGGCGCGCCCCCCGCCUCGCUACUGCUCGACGGGCUGUUCGCCUCACCCGCUCUCACGCAACUCGCUCCCCCUCAAGAGUUGGCCCACGUGACUGCGCUGGACAAGAACGGUCUGCUCGUGGUGCUGGGCGUGCAGCGCGGCGGCGACAGCGUGACGCUGACCAUGCGCGCCACGUCCACGGCCAGCGCCACGCUCUCCGACUUCCUGUUCCAGGCCGCCGUGCCACGGACGUUCCAGUUAGACAUGAUGUCGCCCUCAGGCACAGUUUUACCACCGCAGGGUGAGAUCACGCAAGUACUGAAGAUCACUAAUCCAUCCAGGACUCAACUCCGACUGCGGAUACGAGUCUCCUACAAUGUAGACGGCUCCCCAGUGCUCGAACAAGCGGAAGUUAACAAUUUCCCGCCAGACUUGUUCAACUGA